UGGCUUCAAAUCAAUAGUAAAAAGAAAUUGUUUUCAAAUUUCUCGCCUUGGGCAAUGCAGUAUUUUUUGUUGGGGUGCAGAAUGACCCCACCUUACUCACCUUAACCAUUUACCCAGCCCCAACUGACACUUGAAUGGCAAGGAUGUAGACCAAACCUUGCUGUGUAAGGGUUUUGUUGUUGUUGUUCUUGUGAAUAGUAUCGUUCUGAUUCUGAUCCGCUGGGCCAGCAAAUAUGGAUCUUUUCAACGUUUGGAAUCACAUCAACGUCCGUACAGUCUUCCUCGGGUUCAUGUUGUUUGUGAUCCUCUUCUGGGUUUUGCGCCGCCCAAGAAACCUUCCUCCAGGCCCCUGGGGCUGGCCUCUGCUGGGUUACUUACCACAACUUGCAAGGAUCAAAGGGCCAAUUCACGAAGCCUUGGGCAGAUUGUCCCACAGGUAUGGCAGCAUUGUGAGCUUCUCGGUAGCCAAUCAACUUAUCGUUCUCCUACAAGAUUAUGAAGUCAUGAAAGAAGCAUUUGCCCAACAAGAAUUGAAUGGACGACCGAAAUUGGAAAUCUGUCAGAUCACCCUACCUGGCUAUGGGGUUCUCUCAGCGUCUGGUGAGCCUUGGGUUGAGCUCCGUCGGUUCACAGUGACAACCUUGAGAAGUCUCGGAGUGGGCAAGUCAAGCUUUGAGGAGCACAUCACCACGGAAACUAAGUAUCUGAUGGAGGAAAUCCGAAGUCUGAAGGGUAAAGGUCUUAAUCCCACACACGUCGUAGAAAACGCCGUGUCCAAUGUGAUCUGUUCUGUAGUUUUUGGAAGGCGAUUUGAGUACACGGACACGCAGUUCAAGCGACUCUUGGAGAUCCUGAAGGAGAUGUUUGACCUCCUCGGAGCUGGAGGCGUGAUCCAGUUCGUGCCAAUAUUCGCCAAGAUGCGGUUCCUUCCCACUGUGAAGAAACUCAUAUACACCAACCUAAGCCUUGACGAAAUUCUGUACCAGUUGCUGUACAACAGAAACGUUCAGCAAGGAGAUGUGGACUACAACGAGAAUCCGCGAGAUUUCGCGGGUGCUUUCAUCAAGACGAUGUGCGACAGAGAGAAUCAAGGUGUCCAGACAUAUAUGACCCCAUCAAGUAUGCAUUAUACAUUUGGAGACCUGUUCGGGGCUGGCACGGAGACAACUGCUACAACGCUGCGGUGGGCGUUGCUCUUCAUGGUUGGCUACCCUGAAAUCCAGUCGCAGGUUCAGAAAGAUAUUGACAGCGUGGUUGGACGUAACAGGCUACCCAGGCUCUCCGAUAAGUCUCAGCUGGCCUACGUUGAGGCCGUCCUUAAUGAGGUUCAACGUGUGGGUGACAUUGUACCUCUGGGAGUGCCUCAUAAGUGCACUGAAGACACAACCCUUCGGGGGUAUCAUAUCCCUAAGGGCUCUCUCAUCGUUGCCAACAUAUCGAGCGUUCACAACGACCCAGCCGAGUGGCCCGAUCCCAGCGAGUUUAGACCGGAACGAUUCCUGGAUGACGAGGGAAAGCUGGUUCGGCGGGACAAACUUAUUCCCUUUGGAAUAGGUCGUCGCGUGUGUCUCGGGGAGCACCUAGCUCGGAUGGAACUGUACAUUACGUUCAGUUGCCUCAUGCAUCAGUUUCACUUCCGAACACCAGAGGGCGCCACACCCGUCUCAUUCGAGGCGUGCUACAGCGGAUUAACACGCUCCCCAGCACCAUUCGAAAUCUGCGCGAUUCCGCGAGACGAUUAGUGUUUUGACGCCUGAAUAAUGUCUCGUAAUGGUGUCCCACGACUAACAAGUCUUUCUAUCUGCGACUCGCUUCUGUUCCAUAGGUUUUGCGUAUUAUUUCUGACAAAAUUGUCAAAUGAUUAAACGACAUAGCGGGAUUUUUUUCAGUUGCAUUUAAUCUAAAAAUAAAAGAAGAUCAGUUGCCAAGGACCAAGGAACAUUUUGUUGCUGAAUAUAACACGUACAAAUAGUAUUGACGUUAACUAUGACCUCCCAGAGUGCCAGAUUAAUCAGAUCAGCAGUAGCCAUUUAAAUUCUAUACAAUCGCACCACAAGAUCUUUUAAUCAGCCAGCAUUCCUUUGAAAUAGUUCGGAUUGAUUAAGGGUAUUGUAAAAUACAUUUUUUAAGGUUUCGUUUUCUAUAGGGACUAGAUUUUUAAAAAUUAGUGAAAAUCUUCUUCGAAGCUCUUGUACGGUCUCAAGCUUCACCUAAUCUUCACUCCUAAUCUCGAUAAAUCAUCGCUUGAGCCCUGACGUAUUUUAAUUAAUUUCAUUUGAAAGAACCAGGAAAAGGAAAAAAUUCAC